GUACCUUUUUCUUCCCACCUCUUCUUCCCCCCCUUCCCCUGUUCAGGGUGAAAUACUACCUUUUAAGUUCGAACAAUUCCGAAGUGAUGGUAAUGUAGCAGAUCAUGUCUCGGCCGUUGUUUUCUCUGACUCCAAUUUUCUGUUUCUCUUAUCGCUGGCAUUGUUCACGUCCUGGCCUGAUUUUUUGAUUUCGUUCCAUGUAACCGGCCAAUCGAGAUAUCGAGAAAUCGAGAAAUCCCAUAAUACCCAUAUACCCAUAUACCCACGGCGACCCCUGAGUUGCGAAUGGCACAGCGACGCUGAUCGAAAAAAAUAAUCCCCGCAACGGGUCAAUGAAUUGUGCCCAGACUCAAUUCGACCUAAUUACAGUCGCGAGACGAAGCUGUUAAGCUGUAUAUACUUUGUAUAUACUUUUGGGCGACGCAUUGAAGCCCAGUCCUUCAGUAUCAACUUUCGAACAGUCCACCCGAGCGGCGGACUCGUCAACCGCGACGAUCAUACCAAAUGAGCAUAACCGGUCACAAUUGUAUCGGCUCAAAUGGCGUUCCCCCAUCUUACGCGAACAAAUACGAGCCAAUCCCUUUCCAAUGGCGGCGGUAGUGGGAAUCAUAGCCAUAGCCAUAACCAUCGCACAUCGCUGUCGUCUUUUCUGUCUUCGCGCUCGCCCUCGCAGAUGUCUCAUCACUCGCGCCCUCCGCGAUCACCCCAGCCUCCGGUAGUAAACAACAACCGCACGUCGGAUCCCAGUUCUAAAUCUAAGACCUCUUCUCUCGGGAGUCAGACUGCCGAAUCUUCGCAAAAUUCCUCCCUCUCACCGCCAAGGAAGCCGAACCCCAAUGGCCAGUCUCCUAGGAAAUUACGUUCGCAAUACCCUCGGGAAUCUUCCGAGAACCAUGUCGAGUAUAUUUUGGUUGCCUCCUUUGACAUCGACCGAGGUCCUGUCAUGGAGCACCAGUACCCUGUCGCGAUAACCGGCGACGAAAAUAUGUUAGCAGAACUCAUGUUACCAGACCAAGUCCAUUCGCGUACCCAAGAUUGGACUAUUUUUUUCUUGCAUAAGGACACAACCCAAGAGGACGACGACGAAGAGAAAAAGGAGAAGGAAGAACGACGGAAGAGGAGGAAAUUAAAGAGGGAUAAAGCUGCUGGGAUCAUAAAUGGAAAUGACGAUACGAAUGACGAGCAGGACGAAGAUGAGGACGAUGAUGACUGGGACGAUGACGAAUCGACUGACUCGGAACCCGAAGGAGGAGAGGGGCCGCCGUUGAUAUACGUAUUAAACUUGGUUUAUACCAGACACGACAAAAGUGUGAAGAGAGGCGCCGUAGUCAAAGCAAUGGCUAUAUGUACACGACACCCCUUCUUACAUAUAUAUAAGCCUCUGUUAUUACUCGCGCUGGAAGAAUAUUAUAAAUCACCUGUCCCGGAAACGCUGGCGUUGCUCUACGAAGCCGUCAAUAGCAUGGACCUAUCGCUAAUGCCAAAGCUUAACUUGCUUGAGAGAUAUCUCUUGCAAGCUAGCAAUAAUCAAGACCUAUUCGUUGAAAAAUUUGAGCGAAUGAUACAGAGACGAAUUGCCCAGGACAAAGCUGAAGGGGUUGGUGAGCCCUUUGACGCAAGUAAAAGUCCGCCUAAGCUGCAAGGUAUUUCUCGAGCAGGGACCAAAGCUCAUCUCGAAGGCCAAUCCGCGUACUCAGUCCCACGAGACACUCACGAAUUUGAGAGCAAAGUCAUGUACAAGGGCAUUCCUAUUCCUGUCAAGGUUCCAACGGCGAUUAUGCCCGAAACAGUUGGAGAUUUCUCGCUUAUCAAGCUCAUCCAGACCUUCUCAGAGCCGCACGCAAAGUCGGCACAGCAAUUUGCUAUACAUAGUCAUCUAACCACAAAUGGCCCGGGAACCCACCCUAUAAUAGUACUUGCUAAUGCACUCCUAACCCAGAAGAGGAUAAUUUUUGUUGGGCAUAAUAUGCCGUCAGGCGAGGUUGCAGAGGCUGUCCUGGCGGCAUGUGCUCUAGCAUCCGGCGGCGUUCUACGGGGAUUUACUAGACAUGCCUUCCCGUACACAGAUCUUACCAAAGUUGACGAUCUUUUGAAGGUGCCUGGCUUCAUUGCUGGAGUUACGAACCCGACAUUUGAGCUGCAUCCCGAAUGGUGGGAUCUUCUAUGCGAUCUCCAGACAGGAAGGAUGAAGAUUAGCGAAAAGAUUGAACCGGCUCCAAUCACAGAAGGGCUCAUAUAUUUCCAACAGCAAAAUCCUGCCUUUGCGAGCAUGCUUAGCGGUACAUCCAGUACGGCAACCAUCGAUUUUACGGGAGAUGUAGUGUUUAUGAAUGACAUCCUCAAGAGCAUAUCGGCAAGACGCGGAGAACAUGUUAUCCGGGCCAAGUGGAGAGAUUGGGUCGUCAGGUUCACCAGGAUAGCAGCAGCCUUCGAGGAGACGGUUUAUGGGGCCAGCGCUCUAUAUAUUGGAGGCGACGAGUUUGAAACUGUUACAGGUGGUCCUACAGGCGGUCAUGGAUAUGUAUGGGCGGAUGAGGCUGCUAAGCAGAAGGAGCUUGCUGGUAACGUGUGUAGGAUUGAGGGCUGGAGAAAUACCCGAAGUUACUAUAGCUACAUCCAAGACCUCGCCAAGUUAUACACCAUCCGGCCCCUGAAAGGACUAGACCUACAUCACAUGCACGAUCGACUCCGGUCUCAGCGUCUAACUCCGGCACAGAGCAAAGAAAUUUAUUUGACGUUUGCCCAGUACGUCCACUCGUAUGACGAGAUCAGCCUACUAUUAUCAGUAGCACCAGAGUCCCACGCGGGACUCUUCUAUAUAGCCCUUGGGCUGUUCCAUAAGGACCGGGAUGUUAGGAUUCAAACCUCGGAGCUUAUCGAGCGCAUUAGCGAGCACGAGGCCGGUCAUCAUUGGUGGAAGGGGAUGAGCCGGUUUGAAAAGCUCGCGUUUCACCGGAUACGACGGGAGGCGGAUGCGGAGAUGAAGAGUAAGCUUGAGAAGGAAAGCUUAAGCCCCGCGGAGAAGAGGCAGAGCUAGAAGCAGAAGAGUAACAUGGUUCAGACCUAACGACGCACCCCAGAAGCGAAGUAUUGUCUUUUUUUUCUUGCUUGAAGAUAUCCGCAGCUACAGUGUCAAUAUAUACCACCACGUAAUCUGAAUAAAGAAGCACU